GAAUAAUUAUCAACAUGCUUGGGUGUGUUAUGUGUUUAAUGUAGAAGUCCACGUAAUGCAAAGGUAGUAUUCUCAUAACUUUCUGAAGUAAACGUUGGUCACAAAAAUUCAAUAGGCAACUGGUUCCACAGUUAAAUAGAAAUAAUGUAUUAUUUGAUUUAAAAUUAUUCAACCAUUUUUUUAUACAUCAUUUUACAGUGAGGUCAUCCAGCUCUGCUUUAACAAUGCGGAAAACAUUGAAAACUAAAACACCCAACAGUGCAUAACGUAGUCAAUAACCACAUUCACAGACUUAUCGCUAGGGGUCGCUGUUUCCACAGUUUCGCUCUCUGUCUCCGCAGUGCUGCCUGUCUACGAGGAGUGCGUUUGAUUGUUGCAGGACUCAAUGGCGGACAGAGCUGGAUAGUCCCUCUAGCUCCGAGGACAAUAACAUCUCGACUGUGUGAAUUUCUGGCGUUACUCGGUCCGCCGCUGUGUGCCUCCGGGUGCAACCGUUGAAGCGGACUGUCUUGUGCACUAACAUUAAAAACAAACUCGCUGCAGCUAUUUUCUGCUUGUCUUCUAGCAUUCUUGAGUUCCCAUCCAAAGCGGAGAAGUUCAUGGUGGCUCACUAAAGGCAGCUAGCUUGCGAGCAAACCAUGGGGGACUCUCUCGAAUUGAUAGGGAAGCGUCUUCUUUUGCUCCUCGACGACGGCAGGUCCGCGAAUGGAUCCGAAACGGAGAAGGCUGCAUGGGGACGGGACUGGCUCCGAGGCACGGUGCAGGCAGUGAGCGUCAUCGGCCUGGCCGCCUCGGAGGUUAGCGGAGGAGAGGCUACAACAACAUCCACUGCUGCAGGGCUGACGGUCUUUGUGGAGUUUGACAAUGCUUCGCAGAGGUGGUCUUGGGUGCAGGUGUAUGAUGAGGGUGUGAAAGCUGUGUUGGUUGAAGAUUCCAUUGCCUGGGCCAGUCGGAGCGAUGGUACCGGGACUACUGGAACCUCAGCAUCAGCUACAGCCUGGCCUGCUCUGGUCUUCCGCCCCCUGGUGGACAGAGUGGGUUUAGGUUCAUUGGUUCCUGUGGAGUAUUUUGGAAGCAAGACUUUUGAGUUCCUGCCUGAUAACACAACUGUGCAGAGGUUUGAGGUUGAUAAAGACAUAAGACACCCUUUGCUGUUGGAGCAGCCCUCCCUGCAGGCUGCCAUCACCACCUGGCAUACUGACUUUGAACUGCAAGAGAUCUUCAGGAAGGGUUCAUACACAAUUCAAGGACGCAGGGUUCGCGUAUACCAGCCUGAAUUUGAAGAGUGUUGGGCCUCAGGACUGGUCUCACAGCACGACCCUAUCUCACACAUCAUGGAAAUUACAUUAGAUAAGGGAGACGAAAAUCAGAUGGUAGAUCCUCGUGUAAUACAUGUCAUGCUGGCAGAGGAGGAGCUUGGUAAGAAUGGACGGCGAAGGAGAGACAGUGAAACGAUGAAAGGUGACAGUGGACGCAGACGCAGGACUGCCUCCGAAGGUGAGGAUGACUUGAACUUGAAGCGUUUUAAAGGAGCAGGAAAUGCGGGAGCUGAUGGCCAAAACUGUGGCGAUUCUAACAAAACUCCAGCGGAAGGUUUGGCGAUCUGGGGUGGAGACUCUGGUGAAAGAGUCAGCAGCACAUCCAAAAAUGGAAGCUCUACCGAAGGAACCUUUCCUCAGGGCAGAGUGUCAUCCCCUAACACCAAUUCCUCACUCCAGAUGGACCAAUCAAACACCACUCCUCCUCAUUAUCCUGCCCACAUCAAGGAAAACGGUCGCUCACUCUCCACACAAGGGACAGCGGACUCAACCACUGCCUUUACUCACACCCCCACCCCUCCUCCCCUCAAACCAGCACCCUCUCCCUUCUCCACCACAUCCUUCCCCUCUCUUGGCCAGAUGCCAAGCCUGGUCCCUGGAGCUCCAGCCCCCAAGACUUCCCCAUCCCCCCAACCAGACCGAGAGGAGGCCUCCCAAUCAGCUUAUUCCAAAACAGCUGCUCUUGUUUCCCCGGGGCCUGUCACCAUUUCUUGGUCACAUGACAGUGGUCCAAGUGUGGCACUUUCUCCUUCUGUUGGCUUUAGUCCUAAAGCUCCCUCUUGGGGAAGCCAGACUGAGAACUCUAAAACUUCUUCGAGUUUUCGUUUGCCCCAGGCUGUGCCCAGUGCCUCUGUAUUUGGAGAUGUUACUUCUCAGACCAAUGGAGCUCCCACCACAACUACCACAACCUCGCAGGACACUUUGAGGCCGUUUGGCUUCGGCUUUGGUGCAGCAAAGACUGAGACUCAAUCCCAGCAAGACCAAAACUUGUUUUUCCAGUGCAUGACCCAGAAUUCUGGCUCCAGCCCAAGCCUAGCUGCUGGUCAGACCCAGUCCAAGGGUACCAAUUAUUUCACCGCUGUGUCUGAGAGCCUGAACAAAGAGCCCCCAAGCCUCUUCAAGCCCACAACCUCCACUGAUGGGCUGAAAAAGCCGGAGCAACCCAAAGUGCCUGAGACCCAUCCAACGGGAAAUGGUGUGCUCAACAAAUCGUCAUCGGCUUUCCAGGGCAUGGGUGGCUCUGCAGGAAGAAGAAGCUCUGGUCUAAGUACUGGUAGUUUGGCUGCAGCCCCAGGGGCUCAAAGUACUUCCAAGAAGGGAAGUAGUAACGGGGCUUCUGUGGGAGGUUUAGGGCUGCAGUCUGGUUUUAAUACUUCAGAUAGUCACCAGAACCUUUUUCUGCAGGCCUCCAAAGAGCCCGCUAAUCCAUUUCUGUCAUAUGGGGACAACACCUCCCACACCUCCUUCGCUGGCCUCACUGGGGCUGAGUCGCAGACCCUUGGUCCUGCCUCGGACACCAAGCCAAACCUAUUCACCAUGGCUGAGCCGCCUAAAGGCAUUCUGCCUUCCCUUUUCCCAGCACUCUCAGCAUCUGUUUCACCCAGCUCUUCCUCCUCUCCAACACCAACCUCAUCACAGAGGUCACAGAGUGAAGGGACUGUGACAACGGAGGAGCAAGAAUCUGGGGAGAUGCCUUCAUCCACCGCAGGCUGUGCCAUGUUUGGAAGCACUGGCCCUAGUGGAGUAGAGGAGGUCCCUGUGUCUUUUGACCAGAGCCAGUCUCAGAAGUUUACGUUGGAGGAAAGAGGCCAGUCGUCCAAACGUGACUCUGAUUCCAGCAGCAACAGUGACCUGUCAGACCUGAGUGAGAAUGAGGAGGGUCCAGAGAAAGGCCAAGUCCCAGGAGUACCACCACACCCUCCCAAGGAUGGGUCCAUGUUACAGAAAUCUAAAGUCCAAGGUGCUGGAAAGAGCCGUCCACGUAACAAGCCUUUUAAAGUUGGCCAGUCUGUACUAAAAGACCAGAGUAAAGUGCGUCGUCUGAAGCAGUCUGGCGAGUCCUUUCUCCAGGAUGGCUCCUGCAUCAAUGUCGCUCCUCACUUGCACAAGUGUCGAGAGUGCCGCCUGGAGCGUUACCGUAAAUAUCGAACUACGGACGAAGAUAGUGAUGAUGAUGACGACCCAAAUGUUGCCUGCCGUUUCUUCCACUUCAGAAGGUUGGCUUUCACUCGUAAAGGUGUACUGCGUGUGGAAGGCUUCCUAAGUCCUCAGCAAAGCGAUUCCAUGGCCAUGGGUCUGUGGCUACCUGCUCCAACUGUCCAAGAGGGCCUUGAUCUCGAUACAUCAAAGUACAUCCUGGCGAAUGUGGGAGACCAGUUCUGUCAGUUGGUCAUGUCUGAGAAGGAGGCCAUGAUGAUGGUGGAGCCUCACCAGAAAGUGGCCUGGAAACGUGCUGUGCGAGGUGUCCGAGAAAUGUGCGAUGUGUGUGAGACCACCUUGUUCAACAUCCACUGGGUGUGUCGCAAGUGUGGCUUUGGAGUGUGUCUGGACUGCUAUCGGCUCCGCAGGAACAGGCCAAGGGAGGAUGUAGAUGAAGGUCCAGAGGAUGAGGUUUUUGCUUGGUUGAAAUGCGCCAAAGGCCAGCCUCAUGAGCCACAGAACCUCAUGCCUACGCAAAUAAUACCUGGGACAGCGCUUUACAACAUAGGUGACAUGGUGCACUCAGCAAGGGGAAAGUGGGGUAUUAAGGCCAAUUGUCCCUGUGCCAGUCGACAGACAAAGCCUCUAGUGCGCCCUAAUGCCCCCAAUGGGAUUUCACAGCAGUCUGCAACAAACAGUGGUGGCAUCCUUGCAGCUGCAGCUUCUGGUAUAGGCACAACUCCAAAGUCAGACGGUGAAACAUCAGCAGUCAAAACGGAGACCACUCAAACAGCAGCACAAUCAGACAGUGGUGGAGGAGAAUCUGUGGGCAGUACCAGUAAUGCCACCAGUAUUACAUCCUCUCCCAGUAACCUCAGCCAGUCCUCUGCCAAGGAGUCGCGCUCAUCAGGAGAGGGAAACAGCUCUGCUCUGCACUGGCUGGCAGACUUGGCCACACAGAAAGCCAAGGACGACACCAAGGAAUCCGGUUCACUUCGCUCUAUGAUGAGUCGAGACAGCCGGCCUCCCUUUGGCCUGGACUCACUCGGUGCCCUGUCAAAGCCUUCUGCUUCCAGCCCUAAGCUAUUUAACAGCCUGUUACUGGGCUCCAGCAUGGCCCAGUCCAAACCUGAAGGGUCCAGUCUCCGGGACCUGCUCAACUCCGGACCUGGCAAACUCCCCCAGGGCCCUGGAGAGAGCGGGGUACCGUUUCCCUCUGUCUUUACCUCAGCAGGCAGUGAUAAGCUGAAGAGCAGCCUUCCGAACUUCUUGGAUCACAUCAUCGCCUCAGUUGUGGAGACCAAGAAGGCAGAAGGCCGUCGGACUGGGGCUUCUGAGGGCGGUGAGCUUGGUGUGCUGGGGGCGCGUAAAGACGGAGUAAUGGGCCUCAGUGUUCUGGAACCACAUACCUCGCACUCCUGGCUAUGUGACGGGCGACUCCUCUGCCUACAGGAUCCUAGCAACAGCAACAACUGGAAGAUCUUCAGAGAGUGCUGGAAACAGGGACAACCUGUGUUGGUGUCGGGGGUAGAUAAACGUCUGAAAAGUCAUUUGUGGCAGCCUGAUGCCUUCAGUAGGGAGUUUGGAGACCAGGAUGUAGACCUGGUCAACUGUAGAAACUGUGCUAUCAUCUCUGACGUGAAGGUGCGAGACUUCUGGGACGGCUUUCAGGUCAUCUCUAAGCGACUGCAAGAUAGUGGCGGCAGUCCCAUGGUGUUGAAAUUGAAGGACUGGCCUCCAGGUGAAGACUUCAGGGACAUGAUGCCUACACGGUUUGAGGACCUGAUGGAGAACCUCCCUUUGCCUGAGUACACGAAAAGAGACGGUCGUCUGAACCUUGCUGCUCGUUUGCCUAACUUUUUUGUGCGUCCUGACCUUGGACCUAAGAUGUACAACGCCUAUGGCUUGAUCUCGUCUGAAGACAGGAAGGUGGGAACCACUAACCUCCAUUUGGAUGUCUCUGAUGCUGUCAAUGUCAUGGUCUAUGUUGGCAUCCCGCAAGGAGAGGGAGACCAGGAGCAAGAGGCAGAUAUCUCUGGACGCAAAGAGGUCAUGACCACCAUUGAGGAAGGAGAUGUGGAUGAAAUGACAAAAAGGAGGAUAUAUGAAGCAAAGGAGAAACCUGGAGCUCUGUGGCACAUCUAUGCUGCCAAGGAUGCUGAGAAGAUUAGAGAGCUUCUCCGCAAGGUGGGAGAGGAGCAGGGUCAAGAGAACCCUCCAGACCACGAUCCCAUUCAUGACCAGAGCUGGUACCUGGACCAGGUGCUUCGCCGCAGGCUCUAUGAAGAAUAUGGCGUCCAGGGUUGGGCCAUUGUACAGUUCCUAGGAGAUGCCGUAUUUAUCCCUGCUGGGGCUCCACACCAGGUGCACAACCUGUACAGCUGUAUCAAGGUGGCUGAGGACUUUGUGUCUCCUGAGCACGUGAGGCACUGUUUUAGACUGACCCAGGAGUUCAGACACCUGUCCACUACUCAUACAAACCACGAAGACAAGCUACAGGUGAAGAACAUCAUUUAUCACGCAGUGAAGGAUGCCGUCGGGACACUGAAGGCGCACGAAGCUAAACUAGCACGCCCUUAAUUCCACUCACUUAACGCUGUCUCAAAACAACCAGCCUGACGACCACUCCACAAGACAGACAGACACACACACACACACACACACACAGUAUGCGUUACAUACAUACAUACACAAGUACAAGCUGCAGAGUGCAGAGUACAAAGAUAGAGCCUAGGUUUCUGAGGGCAGUGAAGGUCACGGUUUGGGAAAAGAGAACAUUUGAUUUGGGGAGGGGUUAGAGAGGGAGGGAUUAGUCGAUGAAGGAAGUCCUUUAUUGCUGUCACACAGUACAUGCUCAAACAUGUCUAGUUGUUUUCCAAUUUUUUCUUUUUUUCUUUUUUUUUUUUUGCUGUUGUUUUGGAUUAACUCUGUAUUUAAGGUCAGUGUGUUUGUUCUGUUGUUUUCAUUGUAUAUGUAAGAUGUGAGAGUAAGGGAGGUAAAAGCUGUCCUGCUUUUGGGGCAGAGAUUCAGCUACCACAUAAAUGAACGAUAAAAUGUGAGUACUGGGCUAACUUUCCUGUUUUGAUGCCGUUGCUAUUAUUUUUGUUCAAUAGGAGCGAAGUUAACCUGUUUUUGUAGAUUUUUUUGUUGUUGUUGGAGUUUUUAAACAGCUGAUUGCUUCUGCCCUCUGUGGCUAAAAUGAAUUUUUCAAACCAGCCAAUGAGGGGAAGCAGACCAAAGUUUUGUAUUUUUUGUUUUCUUAUUUCACUUUUAAAAGAAGUCUUUUCAUUUUCUACACCAUAAGGUAAUGAUCAAAAGAGAAUUCUGAGAGGGCAGUGGGUUUUUUUUCUUUUUUUUCUUUUUUGGUCACUUAUCUUUGUCCCGUGAGCUGAAUGAACUGCAGACUUCCAACAACAUUUUCAAGAAUCACAAUUGCAGCUGAACAGAACUACUGGCCAUUAACAUUGUAUCAAUAUAUAUAUUGAUCUUAGCAGUCUGUUUGAUUUUUCACAAUAAAGUUUACAAAAACUA